AUGAAUUCCACCUACGAGACGCAGCCGGGCGAGGAGGCGGAGGAGCUGCCGGCCACCGAGAAGGACCUGGCGGAAGACGCUCCUUGGAAGAAGAUCCAGCAAAACACCUUCACCCGUUGGUGCAACGAGCACCUCAAGUGCGUUCACAAGCGCAUCGGGGACCUGCAGCGGGACCUGAGCGACGGCCUGCGCCUCAUCGCCCUCCUGGAGGUCCUCAGCCAGAAGAAGAUGGGGCGCAAGUACCACCCGCGCCCCAACUUUCGCCAGAUGAAGCUGGAGAACGUCUCGGUGGCCUUGGAGUUCCUGGAGAGGGAGCACAUCAAGCUGGUCUCCAUCGACAGCAAGGCCAUCGUGGACGGGAACCUGAAGCUGAUCCUGGGGCUGAUCUGGACGCUGAUCCUGCACUACUCCAUCUCCAUGCCCAUGUGGGAGGACGAGGAGGAGGAGGAGGCGCGGCGGCAGACCCCCAAGCAGCGCCUGCUGGGCUGGAUCCAGAACAAGGUGCCCCAGCUGCCCAUCACCAACUUCAACCGGGACUGGCAGGACGGCAAGGCCCUGGGCGCCCUGGUCGACAACUGCGCGCCCGGCUGUGGGGGGCUGAGGGGGUCUGGGGGUCGGGGUGCCCGCCCCGGGGUGAUGGGUGGGGGCCACCCUGACCCCCGGGGUCCCGCAGGCAUCGAGCCCCAGGGCAACGUGGUGCUGAAGCCGGCGCAGUUCACGGUGGAGACCCUCGAGGCGGGGGUGGGCGAGGUCCUGGUCUACGUCGAGGACCCCGAGGGUCACACUGAGGAGGCCAAGGUGGUCCCCAACAACGACAAGAAGAGGACGUACAGUGUCACCUACGUGCCCAAGGUCGGGGGGCUGCACAAGGUGACGGUGCUGUUCGCGGGGCAGAACAUCGACAAGAGCCCCUUCGGCGUCAAUGUGGGCAUGGCCCUUGGGGACGCCAGCAAGGUGACAGCGCGCGGCCCCGGCCUGGAGCCCGUCGGCAACGUGGCCAACAAGCCCACCUACUUCGACAUCUACACCGCAGGGGCUGGCCCGGGCGACGUGGGCGUGGUGAUCGUGGACCCCCAGGGCCGGCGGGACACAGUGGAGGUGAUGCUGGAGGACAAAGGGGACAACAUCUACCGCUGCACCUACCGGCCCGUCCUGGAGGGGCCCCACACCGUCUGCGUCACCUACGCCGGCGCCCAGAUCCCCAAGAGCCCCUUCACUGUCAACGUAGCUGAAGCGUGCACCCCCUCGGCGUGCCGGGCCACCGGCCGGGGGCUGCAGCCCAAGGGCGUGCGGGUGCGGGAGACGGCCGACUUCAGGGUGCUCACCAAGGGCGCCGGCACCGGGGAGCUGCGGGUGCUCGUCAAGGGGCCCAAGGGCACGGAGGAGCCGGUGAAGGUGCGGGACGCGGGCGAUGGCGUCUACGAGUGCGAGUACCACCCCAUGGUGCCCGGCAAGUACCAGGUGGCCAUCAUGGGGGGGGUGUGCGUGCAAAGGGGGAGCGUGCAAGGUGCCACCACGAUGGAGACAUGGGCGCAGACCGGGGCCACGGGCACGGGGGUGACGUGGCCCUGUCACCGGGAGGACGGCGUCACCCGACGGUGCCCCCGCCGUCCCCCAGGCUUCUCCAUCGAGGGCCCGUCGCAGGCCAAGAUCGAGUGCGACGACAAGGGGGACGGCUCCUGCGACGUGCGCUACUGGCCCACGGAGGCGGGGGAGUACGCCGUCCACGUGGUGUGCGACGACGAGGACAUCAAGGACAGCCCCUUCAUCGCCCACAUCCUGCCCGCCCCCGGAGACUCCUGGCCCGAGAAGGUAGCGCCGCGCCCCGUAGCACCCCGCCGUGCCCCAUAGCACCCCACUGUGCCCCAUUGCACCCCGUAGAACCCCAUAGCACCUCGCUGCACCCCGCAGCACCCCGCUGUGCCCUGCUGUGACGCCGAGGGCUUCCCCAUCGACAUCAAGGUGAAGGACAACGGGGACGGCACCUACCGCUGCGUCUACGUACCCACCAAGGCCAUCAAGCACACCGUCAUCGUCACCUGGGGGGGUGUCACCACCCCCCGCAGCCCCUUCCGCGUGAACGUGGGCGAGGGCAGCCACCCCGGCAAGGUGAAGGUCUACGGGCCGGGCGUGGAGAAGACGGGGCUGAAGGCCAAUGAGCCCACCUACUUCACCGUUGACUGCAGCGAGGCCGGGCAGGGUGGGUACCCACCACAGGGGGCACCCGCCACCCACAGGGACCCCUCUCACCCCCACCCCUUGCACCCUUCCCGCCAUCGUGCCCGUCCCUUGCACGCUUCCCGCCAUCAUGUCCAUCCCUUGCACGCCGCCGGCACCGGGGCUGACGGGCUGACGGUGGAGGGCCCCUGCGAGGCCCAGAUCGAGUGCCAGGACAACGGCGACGGCUCCUGCUCCGUCUCCUACCUCCCCACCGAGCCCGGCGACUACGCCAUCAACAUCCUCUUCGCCGACCGGCACAUCCCCGGCAGCCCCUUCAAGGCGGAGGUGACCCCCGUCUUCGAUCCCAACAAGGUGACGGCCAGCGGCCCCGGUUUGGAACGCGGUAAAGCCGGCGAGGUGGCCACCUUCAUGGUGGAUUGCUCCAAAGCCGGCGACGCCGAGCUCACCAUCGAGAUCAUUUCGGAAGCCGGGGUGAAGGCGGAGGUGCUCAUCCAGAACAACCGGGACGGCACCUACGCCAUCACCUACACCCCGGCCUGCCCCGGCUCCUACACCAUCACCAUCAAGUACGGCGGCCACCCCGUCCCCAAGUUCCCCGUCCGCGUCACCGUCGCCCCCGCCGUGGACACCAGCGGUGUCAAGGUCUACGGCAAAGGCGUGGAGCCGCGAGGGGUGCUGCGGGAGGUGGCCACCGACUUCACGGUGGACGCCCGGGCGCUCACCAAGACGGGGGGACCCCACGUCAAGGCCCGGGUGGUCAACCCCUCCGGUGCCAAGACCGACACCUACGUCACCGACCACGGCGACGGCACCUACCGCGUGGACUACACCCCCUACGAGGACGGCAUGCACCGGGUGGAGGUGACCUACGACGAGGUGGCGGUCCCCAAGAGCCCCUUCCGCGUGGGGGUGACGGAGGGCUGCGACCCCAGCCGCGUGCGGGCGCAUGGGCCCGGCCUGGAGGGCGGCCUCGUCGGCAAGGCCAACCGCUUCACCGUGGAGACCAGGGGCGCGGGCACUGGGGGGCUGGGCCUGGCCAUCGAGGGUCCCUCCGAGGCCAAGAUGUCCUGCAAGGACAACAAGGACGGGAGCUGCACGGUGGAGUACAUCCCCUUCACGCCCGGCGACUACGACGUCAACAUCACCUUCGGUGGCCACCCCAUCCCUGGGAGCCCCUUCCGGGUGCCGGUGAAGGACGUGGUGGACCCCAGCAAGGUCAAGUGUUCGGGGCCGGGGCUGGGCCCCAGCGUCAGGGCCCGCGUGCCCCAGACCUUCACCGUGGACUGCAGCGCCGCCGGGCUGGCGCCCCUCGAGGUCACGCUGCUGGGACCCUCCGGUCUGGCGGAGCCAGUGGAGGUUCGUGACAAUGGUGACGGCACCCACAAGGUCAACUACACCCCGGCCACCGACGGGCCCUACACCGUGGCCGUCAAAUACGCCGACCAGGAGGUGCCACGCAGCCCCUUCAAGAUCAAGGUGCUGCCCGCCCACGACGCCAGCAAGGUGCGCGACGCCGGCGAGGGGCUGCUCACCGUCCAGAUCCUGGACCCCGAGGGGCAGCCCAAGAAGGCGGCGAUCCGGGACAACGGGGACGGCACCUACACGGUCUCCUACGUCCCCGACCUGCCGGGGCGCUACACCAUCACCAUCAAGUACGGGGGGGACGAGAUCCCCUGCUCCCCCUUCCGCAUCCACGCCGUGCCCUCCGGCGACGCCAGCAAGUGCCUCGUCACAGGCGCCUGCUUGGGUCCCACCAUCCAAAUCGGAGAGGAGACGGUGAUCACGGUGGACGCCAAGGCGGCCGGGCAGGGGAAGGUGACCUGCAAGGUGUCCACCCCCGACGGGGCCGAGCUGGACGUGGACGUGGUGGAGAACCACGACGGCACCUUCGACAUCUACUACACCGCCCCCGAGCCCGGGAAAUACGUCAUCACCAUCCGCUUCGGCGGGGAGCACGUCCCCAACAGCCCUUUCCACGUCCUGGCCACGGAGGAGCCCCCCGCCACCGCUGAGAACCUCCGGCCCUUCAACCUCGUCAUCCCCUUCACCGUGCAGAAGGGUGAGAUCACAGGGGAGGUGCGGAUGCCCUCGGGGAAGACGGCGCGACCCAACAUCACCGACAACAAGGACGGGACCGUGACGGUGCGCUACGCCCCCACCGAGAAGGGGCUGCACGAGAUGGACAUCCGCUACGACGGCAACCACAUCCCCGGGAGUCCCCUCCAGUUCUACGUGGACGCCAUCAACACCCGGCACGUGAGCGCCUACGGGCCGGGGCUGAGCCACGGCAUGGUCAACAAGCCCUGCACCUUCACCAUUGUCACCAAGGAUGCCGGGGAGGGCGGGCUCUCGUUGGCGGUGGAAGGUCCUUCCAAGGCGGAGAUCACCUGCCAGGAUAACAAGGACGGGACCUGCACCGUGUCCUACCUGCCCACCGCCCCCGGGGACUACAACAUCAUCGUCCGCUUCGAUGACAAGCACAUCCCGGGCAGCCCCUUCACCGCCAAGAUCACCGGGGACGACUCCAUGCGGACGUCCCAACUCAACGUGGGCACCUCGACGGAUGUCUCGCUGAAGAUCACGGAGACGGACCUGAGCCUGCUGACGGCCAGCAUCCGGGCGCCAUCGGGCAACGAGGAGCCCUGCCUGCUCAAGCGGCUGCCCAACCGCCACAUCGGCAUCUCCUUCACGCCCAAGGAGGUGGGCGAGCACGUGGUGAGCGUGAAGAAGAGCGGGCAGCAUGUCACCAACAGCCCCUUCAAGAUCCUGGUGGGGCAGUCAGAGAUCGGGGACGCCAGCCGGGUGAAGGUGUGGGGCAAGGGGCUGGUGGAAGGUCACACGUUCGAGGUGUCCGAGUUCAUCGUGGACACACGCAGUGCCGGCUACGGCGGGCUGGGCCUGUCCAUCGAGGGUCCCAGCAAGGUGGACAUCAACUGUGAGGACGUGGAGGACGGCACCUGCAAGGUCACCUACUGCCCCACCGAGCCCGGCAACUACAUCAUCAACAUCAAGUUUGCCGACAAACACGUCCCAGGGAGCCCCUUCACGGUGAAGGUGACGGGCGAGGGGCGCAUGAAGGAGAGCAUCACGCGCCGGCGGCAGGCCCCCUCCAUCGCCACCAUCGGCAGCACCUGCGACCUCAACCUCAAGAUCCCAGGUGACUACGAGGUCUCCAUCAAGUUCAACGAGGAGCACAUCCCCGACAGCCCCUUCGUGGUGCCCGUGGCCUCCCACUCCGACGACGCCCGGCGCCUCACCGUCACCAGCCUCCAGGUGCCCGGGGACACGGGGACACCCGCUCGCACCCCCGUGGCACCGGGCUCCGCAGCCACCCCGGGACCCCCGUGUCACCCCUGGGUCACCUCGCACCCCCGUGACAAGUACGCCAUCGGGUUCCUGCCGCGGGAGAACGGGGUGCACUCCAUCGACCUGCGCUUCAACGGCCGCCACGUGCCCGGCAGCCCCUUCAACAUCCGGGUGGGCGAGCAGAGCCAGGCCGGCGACCCCGGCCUCGUCACCGCCUACGGCCCUGGCCUCGAGGGCGGCCUCACAGGCGUGUGCUCGGAGUUCCUGGUGAAGACGGCCAACGCGGGGGCGGGCGCGCUGGCCGUCACCAUCGACGGCCCCUCCAAGGUGAAGCUGGACUGCGUGGAGUGCGCCGAGGGCCACCGCGUCACCUACACCCCCAUGGCCCCCGGCAACUACCUCAUCUCCAUCAAGUACGGCGGCCCCCACCACAUCGUCGGUAGCCCCUUCAAGGCCAAGGUCACCGGGGAGGGGAUGGGGCACUGGGGGGGGUCCCAAGGGGGUUGGGGGGUCCUGGGGGAUCCCGGGGGGUCCCGGGGGUCCUGGGAGGGGAGGGGACGGGUCACUGGGGUCCGGGGGGUCGGGGGUCUCCCGGGCAGGGUGAGGACCCCACGCUGUCGUCCCCCCCCAGGCACCAACAUGCUGAUGGUGGGGGUCCACGGCCCCAAGACCCCCUGCGAGGAGGUUUACGUCAAACACGUGGGCAACCGCGUCUACAACGUCACCUACACCGUCAAGGAGAAGGGCGACUACGUCCUCAUCCUGCGCUGGGGGGACGACAACGUCCCCGGGAGCCCCUACCGCGUCACCGUCCCCUGA